UAGAAAAUACAAGAACCUUCAACUUUUUCAACCUUCUGUCAAAACACAACUUUCAUAACGCCCCCAGACGAUUAUAUUUUCGUCUCUUCAACCUCUACAACUUCCUAAACCAAACUCAACCCAACAAAAUCAUUCAAGAUGAACUACGGAGAAGCCCCCCAGCAGCAGCGUGGAUGCUACAACUGCGGUGACCAGUCUCACCAGGCCCGUGACUGCCCAACCCGCGGUCCAGCCAAGUGCUACAACUGUGGUGGUGAGGGACACAUGAGCCGCGAGUGCCCAGAGGGACCAAAGGACAAGACCUGCUACAAGUGCGGCCAGCCCGGCCACAUCAGCCGUGACUGCGCCAACCCCGCCGCUGAGGGUAUGGGUGCCGGCCGCGGUUUCGGAGGUGGAGCUGGCCAGGAGUGCUACAAGUGCUCCAAGGUCGGACACAUUGCCCGCAACUGCCCUGAGGCUGGUGCCGGUGGUUACCAGAACGCUGGUUACGGUGGCGGUGCCGGUGGAUACGGUGGCGGUGCCGGCGGUUACGGUGGACGCCAGCAGACCUGCUACUCGUGCGGUGGCGUCGGCCACAUGUCGCGCGACUGCACCCAGGGCCAGAAGUGCUACAACUGUGGCCAGACCGGUCACUUGAGCAGAGACUGCCCAUCCGAGACCUCCGCUGAGCGCACUUGCUACAAGUGCAGACAGCCCGGACACGUCCAGGCCCAGUGCCCAGAGAACCAGAACUAAGCUGACCUCGUAUGUCGGCACGGCGGAUGUACAUCAAGGCCGAUCUUACAUUUCGAGAAGACUUAACUUCCCCGGGCAUUUGGAAAGGGUGGCAGUGAAUUGAGGAUUGACUUCUUUGUAUACUUGUUCUUCAGCGCGUGCAAAAAAAUCCGCCGGCGUUCAAUCUGCAUUUACUUGGGAUUCUGGCAUCUGACUGCAGUCAUGGACAGCCACGUUUUCUUUUGUUGUCAAGCCCCAGAUGGCUAUCUGGUUUGGCAAAGUAAAAGCAUAUAUCUUGUUGCUUUUUCGAUGCAAUGCCUGGUCUUUUUUUAUGAGGAACUUCAUGACUUUUAUGCUCGCUGGCUUAAAGCUACAAUGCCAGAUGUCGUCAAAGAUAAUAGAAUGGAUGCGUUGAGCAGAGAUCUUGCAGUAUGAUAUUGUGAAAUGUGAUUUCGAAGUGAGA